AUAUACCUUAUAUAUAUAAAUACACGCAACUGAGCUCUCACGAGUCGUCUCUAUCAUUGUUUUAUUAAGAGACCAUUCAGCGUCCAGAGAUAGAGAUAUCAGGUCUUCACACAAUGAACCCUCGCGUGGUAGUGUGAGACCAAGCAAUAGAAGGGAAAAAACAUAAAGGAAAGAUAGUGAGAAAAAAGAACAGAAAAAGACAACGAAAAUACACACAAAAAAAACAACAACAACAACAAAACACGCAAUCUUCGCCUUUGUUGCCAUGCGAAUAGGCAAACAAAUGAAUGGCGUCUGGACUGCAUGACUUCCUGUUCCCUUUAGAAUAGAGUGAAUAGACAUACUCCUCUCUCAGUGUAUUCUGAACCACGAGACUGAAAGGUGGCGCUGACAGAGACUCCUUAUGGAUAGCAGACAGCAGGAAGACGUAGGAGGAAGAGGAGGAGGAGGAGGAGGAGGUGGAGGAACAGGAGUAGGACAAAGGAGUGACAUAGAUGAAGAAAUCGAGGCGUUGGCUUCCUCGCUUCUGCAACUUCAAGAAAAUAGCGACGUGUUUUUUCUCCUCGUGAUGGGAAUUAUGGUUUUCUUUAUGCAGUGCGGAUUUGCAUUUUUGGAAGCGGGUGCUGUGAGGUCAAAAAAUACGAUUAAUAUCCUUGUGAAGAAUAUGCUGGACGUCUUCAUCGGCGGCAUAUCCUACUGGCUGGUAGGCUACCCUCUGGCGUUCGGAGAGGGCAAUGCCUUCUGCGGCGCCUCCUACUGGGCAUCAUCAGGUCUUCCCGAGGACCGCCUUGCUCACUGGUUCUUCCACUUCGUCUUCUCCGCCACCGCUGCCACCAUUGUCUCCGGGGCCGUGGCUGAGAGGUGCGACCUUAGUGCCUACGUUGCGUACUCCGUGGCUCUGACAGGCCUAGUCUACCCGACCAUCAGCCACUGGGCUUGGGCACCGAACGGCUGGCUCUUGUCCCUCGGUUAUCGGGAUUUUGCAGGAUCCGGCGUCGUCCACGUGACCGGGGGCGUGGCUGCUCUGGUGGGGGCGGUCAUGCUAGGUCCUCGCCACGCCCACUUCGGCACCGGGAAGCGGGGCAUUCGAGGUCAUUCGCUACCGCUAACAGCACUUGGAGGUUUCAUCAUCCUCUUCGGUUUCCUGGCAUUCACCUGCGGGUCACAAGGUACCAUCACGCGAGAGGGAGAUGCACAGGUAGUGGGGAGAGCCGUCUUUAAUACCGCGCUCUCCGGCUGUUCGGGGGGAGUCUGCGUUCUGCUUUUGCACAGGUCGGUUCGGCGGCGCCCUCAGGCUUGGUCGUUCCUCAUGGCGCUCAAUGGGGCCAUGACUGGUAUGGUAUCGAGCUGUGCCGGCUGCAACGCCCUUCGUCCGUGGGCGUCCUGCCUCACGGGCGUCACGGCUGGACUGGUCUUCUUCGCCGGACACCAUCUCCUGCUUCGGCUCAAUGUUGACGACCCUCUGGAUGCCGUCGCGGUUCAUCUUGGAGGAGGACUCUGGGGACUUGCUGCUGCCGCCCUUCUUCAGGAGGGGGGUCUGCUCUACGGCGGGUCAGCUGGUCUCCUGGUCUGGAAUUUCGUGGGUGGCCUCGCCAUCGUGUGCUGGUCUGGCGGUCUGAGUCUCCUGGUCUUCGGGGCCCUCAAGCGUUCGGGGAAUUUAAGGGUCUCUUUGGCUGUGGAAAUUCGGGGUCUGGAUCUCGCCAUGCACGGGGAAGCAGCUUAUCCAUCAGAGGCUUGGGAAGAGUCACAGUACUUCUGUCACAUUUCAUCGGGCUCUGACCAUCGCGCUCGGCCUCCCCCAGGGAUCCCCAAAUACCCAACCUUUCCCCCCCACCCGCCGCCCACGUGCCCAGAGCCACAAUCACUACCAGCGCCCACAGACAGACGCCCAUGAUGCUCGCCCCGCCCACAAGGAGGCGUCCUCAUCCGUCAGAGCUACAGAUGGGGGGGGGGGGGACAGUGAGAGUUGAAUAAGGGUUGUGGCUUGUGUGUGUGUGUGUGUGUGUGUGUGUGUGUGUGUGUGUGUGUGUGUGUGUGUGUGUGUGUGUGUGUGUGUGUGUGUGUGUGUGAACAAUAGAAGCUAGUGUCAUGGAAUAGAAAUGACAUGACAGAGAGGAUUGGCACUGAAUAUCGUUAAAUCUCUAAUCACUUGUUUUGUAUUUACUGUAU